AUGGUCGUCUUCUCCGAACCUGGCUCCAAUGUCCCCAUCGAGGAAUACCAUGACUGGUACAAUAACUUGCACAUUCCCGGACUCAUCGAUACACCCGUUUUCCAGACGUGGGCGCGCUGGGAGGCUAUCGACGGACAGCAGCCGAGCUUCGCGGCAACGUACGACGUGGCAUCUCACGAGGAGUUCAUGGAGGCGUGGCCUGGGCUGUGGAAGAGAUGGAGCGGCCCGGAGCAGGAGAAGAUGGAGCAGUUCGAGUUGAUGGACAGGCGGAAUCUUUCCGUAUACCCGGGUGCCAUUCACCCACCUUCGGCUCUCUUCGAUGCGACAAGGCCAGCCGAAUACGCGUCGUUCGUGUCGUUGGAGGUGAAGCCGGAGGACGAGGAGGAGUUCAACAAGUGGUACGACGAGGAGCAUAUCCCAAUGCUAGCGAAGGUGCCGGGAUGGGUCAGGAGCCGCAGGUUUGUGGUGGAGGAUGUGUCGCAGCUGGGCGUGAGUGUCACUGAGCAGAAGCGCGCACCGAAGUACUUGGCGGUGCACGAAUGGGCGUCCCCGGAUGCCUUCGUGUCUCCGGAGCUGAAGGCAUCGAUCAGUACUCCGCUGUCGGUGAAGAUGCUGGAUGGGGCGUUGUUAAAGGAGAGAAGGCUGAUGAAGUUGUUCAGGACUUGGGAGAGGAAGUGA